AUGACAACUCUCCCACACAUGCGCUUUGGGAUGCUUAGUCAAGCACGCGUUCAAUUUAAGACGUCGCGUCGCGUCUCUUCUCUUUACUGCACACCUCCAUUCCCUCGCCCGUUCCCCCCUGAGGCUAUCUUUCUUCAUCGCGUACGCUUUGCCUUUACACCAUCAAACGCAUGGCUUUUGUAUAUAAGCGAAGUGCGCAUUCUAUUUUAUCAUACGCGAUCCGGUUCAUUGACCAACUUCGCCAGACGGACUUACUAUUUCGUCCCUGAAGUCGCAAAGAACGCGUUCAGUUCGAUAAGAUCACUGCAAGAAUUAGCAAGCUAUGCUAUGGUCUUGAUAGUGAACACUAUUACCCAGAAGGUUAUCGCAGGUGUAUAUCAAGGUGUAACAACAGUGGAGCUCGAUAACCUUGCUGCUGAGACUGCAGCGUACCUCACCACGAAACAUCCUGAUUAUGCUAUCCUCGCGGCGCGCAUAGCAGUGUCGAAUUUGCAUAAGGAGACGAAGAAGAAUUUCUCUGCUGUCAUCAGUGAUUUGUAUAAUUAUGUCAAUCCGAAGAAUGGCCGUCCUGCGGGGAUGAUCUCAAAACAAACUUACGAUGUUGUAAUGGCUAAUGCCGAAACACUGGACUCUGCUAUCAUUUAUGAUCGCGAUUUCAACUACAACUUCUUCGGUUUCAAAACCCUCGAGCGUUCUUAUUUGCUCAAGCUCAACGGCCGAACAGCUGAACGUCCCCAACAUCUUCUCAUGCGUGUGGCUGUCGGCAUUCAUGGCUCGGAUAUCACACGUGUACUCGAGACAUACCACUUGAUGUCUGAACGAUUCUUCACUCAUGCAUCGCCGACAUUGUUCAACGCGGGGACCCCGAAUGCGCAGCUGAGCUCCUGCUUCCUCGUGUGUAUGAAAGAUGACUCUAUUGAGGGCAUCUACGACACUUUGAAAAACUGUGCGAUGAUCAGCAAGACUGCUGGUGGUAUUGGUCUAAGUAUACAUAAUAUUAGGGCUACUGGAUCAUACAUUGCGGGUACCAACGGCUACUCGAAUGGUAUUGUCCCUAUGCUCCGUGCGUACGAUGCAACCGCACGGUAUGUGGACCAAGGUGGUAACAAGCGUCCGGGCGCGUUUGCCAUAUACCUGGAGCCGUGGCACGAUGAUAUCUUCGAGUUCUUGGAUCUUCGCAAGAAUCACGGUAAGGAGGAAGUUCGUGCCCGGGAUCUAUUCUAUGCGCUCUGGAUUCCUGAUCUUUUCAUGAAACGUGUCGAAGCCAACGGGAAGUGGUCGCUUUUCUGUCCUAAUGAAGCACCUGGCCUGCACGAAGUAUGGGGUGCAGAAUUCGAGACGCUUUACGAGCGUUACGAGAGCGAAGGACGCGCUAGGAGAACGAUCGACGCUCAGAAGCUGUGGUAUGCUAUUCUGGACGCUCAGAUCGAGACAGGGAAUCCUUUUAUGCUCUACAAAGAUGCAUGUAAUGCUAAGUCUAACCAGAGGCAUCUGGGAACCAUCAAGUCGUCCAAUCUCUGCACGGAGAUUGUGGAAUACUCUUCUCCUGACGAAACGGCCGUCUGUAAUCUUGCUUCUGUCGCUCUCCCAUCCUGCAUCGAGGGUGGCCGGUAUAACUUCCAGAGGCUACACGAUGUUGCUAAGGUCGUAACAUUCAACCUAAAUCGCAUCAUCGAGGUCAACUACUACCCUGUUCCCGAGGCUCGCCGUUCCAAUAUGCGGCAUCGUCCCAUCGGCGUUGGCGUGAAUGGCUUAGCCGAUGCCUUCAUGGCGCUCCGUAUGCCUUUCGAUUCUCCCGAGGCGCGUGAGCUGAACAAGCAGAUUUUCGAAACGAUUUACCAUGCUGCCCUCGAAGCUAGCUGUGAGAUCGCUGCCGUCGACGGUCCAUAUGAGACAUACGAAGGAAGCCCUGCCUCGAGAGGAGAGCUGCAGUACGAUAUGUGGGGCGUCACGCCUUCGGACUUGUGGGAUUGGGCAUCGUUGAAGGACAAGAUUGCGAAGCAUGGCCUUCGGAAUUCUUUGCUUGUUGCUCCUAUGCCGACCGCAUCGACCAGUCAAAUCUUGGGUUACAACGAGUGCUUCGAGCCAUACACCAGCAACAUUUACACUCGCCGCGUGCUUGCCGGAGAGUUCCAAAUCGUUUGUCCCUGGUUGUUGCGGGAGCUUGUGGACCGCAAGCUCUGGGACGAUGAAAUGAAGAAUCAGAUCAUUGCGAACAAUGGGUCCGUGCAGAACAUCUCCGGUAUUCCUGAUGAUAUCAAGGCUAUCUACAAGACAGUUUGGGAGAUCAGCCAAAAGAAAGUUCUUGAUAUGGCUGCCGAUCGAGGUGCCUUCAUUUGUCAGAGUCAAAGUCUCAAUGUCCAUCUGCAGUCACCUACGACUCCGCAACUGACCAGUAUGCACUUUUAUGGCUGGAAGAAAGGGUUAAAGACUGGGAUGUACUAUCUGCGCACGCGUCCAGCCGCGCAGGCCAUCCAAUUCACGGUUGACCAGGGCAUGCUCAAGAAGUCGCAGACAACAUCUAUCAAGGGCGCUGCCCCACCGCCGCCGUCUCUUAGUCCCUCAGCAUCUAGCCGAGUACCCGCUACGAGCAACGCCAGUGCAACAGGUUCUCUCCUGCGCACGGUGGCCCAACAAGAAACUAGUGGGAAUGUGGAACGUUCAGAUUCUUUGCCUUCAGUGACGAGCUCAAGCUCGAUGGAUGACUCCACCGCACAAACGGCUUUGACGCCUCUCGAUGAAAAGACACAAAAGGCCAUAGAACAGGAUCCCGAGUUCGCGGCGGCUUUGCAGAGACAGCGCGAGCGACAGCUUGAGCAGGAGAAACUCAUGUGCUCAUUGGAGAAUAAAGAGGCAUGCUUAAUGUGUUCUGCAUAG